AUGGCACGCGAAGCCAUUGUCACGUUAAUCAUCGGCAAGACUGGCAACCUGAAAAACAAACGUCAGACCAGUGAGCCCGCCAUGGGCAACUACUUACCCGACCUGGAUGAAAACUCAGCGCCCGUGGAACAAACGGAGGAACAACUCACCUGGAUCAGAAUACAUAGACAGGAAAUUCGCUCUGGCCAUCGAAUCAUCGAACGUGAGAUGCACAUCGGCGCCCAACUCUUGCACUACGACCACGCUGAAGAGCAAGGGUUGGAUACAUCCUCAUCCAAGAUCCAUCAGCUGCAGAUUGAGGUGUGCAACCGACAACUCAAAGCACCCAGAGGCGACUUCAUCGCACAUUCGCAGCGAAUCGUCAAACUGGAAAGGGCAAAGCCACCCGGGCGACGAGUCCGCGAGUAUCUGUGGCAGACACAGCAACAUCAGCGCCGCACAUUGUGGAAAUGGUGGUAUCGGGUUCUCGGUCCAGUUUAG